AUGGAUUCUCCUUUAGCAGCAGAUUUGUCAUCAGUUUUAUCCCUUUUAACUGAUGAUUCUGAAGAUUUGAAUCAAACUAAAAGUUUUGAUCCAACUUGUAGUUUCUGCAAUGAGCCUUGCUUUACUCCAAAAAUUGCCCCAUGUGAUCACAUAUUUUGUUCAGAAUGUAUCGAAAAGCUGCAAAGUGAUAAAAAUAAGAUUCCGUGUCCAAAAUGUGAUCAAGAUUCUGCGAGUCUGUGUCGAGAUUUAUCUGCUCUUGCAAUUGCCCUUUCCAAUGGCGAAAGUUCAGACUCCACAACUACUGCAAAUUCUCCUACAUAUUGUACAGCUUGCAAAACUAAGGAUACAAAUACAAUUGCUUUCUGUUUUGAUUGUGUCAGCUAUUUAUGUGAGAACUGUGUUCGUGCACAUAAUUAUAUGCAUUGCUUUGAAGGACAUUGUGUUGUUGACUUAAAAGAGCUUGAAACUGAUAAAGUGCCAAAUUGCUUCCUGCAUCUUACAAAACCUUUAGUUUAUUUUUGUAACACAUGCAGUAUUUUGAUAUGUGAAGAUUGUACUUUUUUAGAUCAUUCUAAGGACUUUCACGAUUAUGAUCACAUAUCAAAAGUUGGUCCGAAACAAGUUAAAAUGCUGGAGAAGUUAUUUGAUCGAGGCAAUGCUAAAACAAAUGCUUUGAAGAAUGUUUCUAAAGAGAUAGAAACAAUUUCAUCAGAUCUUCAUGGCCAAUAUUUGAAAGCAAAGUCUGAAAUAAGUGAUACAUUUGAUUUUUAUAGCACACACUUGGUCGAUCACAAAGACAAACUGAUGAGGCAACUUAAAAUAUUAUAUGCUAGCAAAAUGGCAUUGUUUAAUUUUGUGGCAAGUAAACUUCGAGACGUAAUUAAAAGUAUUCAACUGAUUUUGUCAUUUGUUGAUGGUGUCAAAAAAAGUCCUAAUAAUUCACAGCUCUUAAUGUUAAAACAAGUGAUUGAUUAUAAAAUGGAAAAUGUACUGUCUUAUAAUGCUGAUGUUAACUUGCCGGCUAUUGAAUUAGAAUUCUUGUCAAACUACAAAACAAUUCAAAUUGGUGUGAAGAAUACAUUUGGUUACAUCCGCUGUAAUCAAGCAGAAAUUGAAAAUUUUAAACCAGAACCAGAAAUAGGCUCUCUUUUUAACGAUUUGGAUCUUGGCAACAACAGUAUACCUAUUCCAGACAUUAAUUCUUUGGCCAGCUUUGUACCCGAUAAUAAUUUUGGGCCACUUUCUUCUAACAUGAGUCUUUUUGACAAAGAAUCUUAUAAUGUGUCAAACUUACUUCAAAAUCUUUCUGAAAAUUUGUAUGAUGUUAAUCCUCAGCCAGAUUUUGAUUCUAAUUCGAGAUUUUUUCCAGCUUCUUCUUUCACUUUCCCUCCCCUUACCAAUCGGCAUAAAAUGGCAUAUCAUUGCAAAUUUGGGGAAUUCGGGACUUAUGAGGGCCAGUUUACCGAGCCAGGUGGAGUAGCAGUCAAUGCUAAUAAUGAUAUUAUCAUAGCAGAUACUAACAGUCACAGGAUUCAAAUUUUUGACAAAGAAGGAAGAUUUAAAUUUCAAUUUGGUGAAUGUGGAAAAAGUGAUGGACAGCUAUUAUAUCCUAAUAGAGUAGCUGUAUUUAAGAAAACAGGAGAUAUUAUUGUCUCCGAAAGGAGCCCAACUCAUCAGAUUCAAAUAUAUAAUCAGUAUGGACAGUUUGUGAGGAAAUUUGGGACAGAACUCCUUCAGCACCCCCGUGCUGUGGCUGUUGACAAUAAGGGGCUAAUUGUUGUUGUUGAGUGCAAGGUGAUGCGAGUUGUAAUAUUUAGUCAAUUUGGAAUGGUAAUGCAAAAAUUCAAUUGUGCUAAGUAUUUGGAAUUCCCUAAUGGAGUUGUGGUCAAUGACUACCAUGAGAUUUUUAUUAGCGAUAAUAGAGAUCAUUGUGUGAAAGUUUUUAACUACAAUGGUCAAUAUGUCCGACAGAUUGGUGGGAAAGGUCUGACUAAUUAUCCAAUAGGAGUUUCUAUCAAUAUGAGUGGGAAUAUUUUAAUUGCCGACAAUCAUAACAAUUUUAAUAUAACGCUGUUUACUCAAGAUGGUCAGUUAGUGUAUGCCACUGAAAGCAAAAUCAAGCACGCCCAAUGUUUUGAUAUUGCUUUAAUGGAUGAUGAAUCUGUUGUUUUAAGUAGCAAGGAUUAUCGGGUGUACGUUUAUCGCUAUUUACAAGCAUCCCCUUCUGAAUUUUAA